AUGCAUGCCAUGAGUCGGUUUGGUGGAUUCGGGCUGACAGAAGUAGCUCUUGCGCCAACAUCGCAGCCGAUUAAAUCUUCCCCGCAAGACCAACGACCUCCCGAGCCUGAACCGGAAAGAGACGAGAUCGAGGAGCUGGAUAACGAACCCGCGGUAGAGCGGCCGCGGUUGUCGUUGCCGUUGGAAGAUGUGGAAGAGGUUGAUGAAGCUAGCCCCGACCCCCGACCGCCUCGGCUGUCUCUCGCAUUCGAAGACGAUGGGACCGGCGAGGUUGACGUGGAGGACAUCACGGUGGAGUACCCGCGUCGAGACAUUAGUGAUCGCGACCGCGCAAGGCUGUCGAUGAUGAGUUUCGGCGGUCCGCGAUUGAGUGAACAUUUUGGGGAGGCUACCCAACUGGAGAGUGAGUCUGAAGGUGGAGAUGAUACGGGUCUCGCCCACGAUGAAGGAGCAGACGAGACCAUGAUCAGUCAGGGUGCCUUCGACGCUGGUGGAGAGACGGAUGACCUGGGGCGGUUCAAUUUCGACUUCAAUUUCCCAUCUCCUCCGCCACCAGGGGAGGGAGAUGACAUGGAUGGACCCCUGCAUGACGAUGAUGGAUUUGAGCUUCCGCCUGUUGACUUUGCAGCUGAUACAGGCGCUGCUUCAGAUGACAGCGGCGACGCUGGUGAUACAGCCGGUGGUUUUGGCCUGGACCUCAAUAUCCAGCCCCGUGUCUCGCUGAGCGAAAGUCCUGGGAUUGUCGGGGGAGGGUUGCGCGAAGAGGAACAUGUUGCACCAGGAACCAAGCAGAAGAAACUGUCCCGACAUGGAAUCCCCGUUCCCAACAUGCCCUCCGGAGUGAUCCGCAAGCUGGCUACCAGGUUCGCACCUUCACGAGCUGGGUCAAAAGCAAAGAUCAGCAAGGCAACACUGGCUGCCAUUGAGCAGGCCUCCGCGUGGUAUUUCGAACAGGCGGGAGAGGACUUGGCGGCAUACUCGAAGCAUGCUGGGCGAAAGACAAUCGACGAAAGUGAUGUGAUAGCGUUAAUGAGACGGUAA